GGGGCGGGGACUCAGGAGGAGCCGCUUCAUAUCGGACUGGUCCCGGUGUCCCGGACAACAAAUGGCCGUGAACCGACAGAGAGGGAGAGUGUGAUUCUUGUUUCUGCUCUCUUUUUUCUGUAUACGACUACAGUGAGAGCCGUCUCCAUGCUCACGUAGAAAGGUACCAGGGGUCAAGAAGCGCUCUUUAUUUUACUCAGAACAUUUUAUCCAUCCGGCAGAAGAAUGGGAGAGCCCUGUUGACACCACGGAGAGAUACACGCUGAGACCGAGCAUGGCUGUGGACGCGGCGUCCAGCUUCAGCUUUUGCCGCGCCUCCCUGGAGCACACGCUGUCUGCGGAGGAGCUGAGCUACCAGCUGCCGCGCCGCCCCGGAGGCAGCAACCUGACCUGGCACGACGGCCGCGGCCAGAGGACAGCGCACACACGCACCGUCAAGCUCCUGCAGCAGCCCGGCACAGAGGGCAUCCAGUUGCGUCCGGGUGAAGCCUUCACUGUGUAUCACACCAGUCCUACUCUGUCCAGCCUGUCCAAACCUGUGGUGCUGUGGACUCAGCAGGAUGUCUGCAAGUGGCUUAAGAAACACUGUCCUCACAACUACCUGACAUAUGUAGAGGCCUUCUCCCAUCAUGCCAUCACAGGACGGGCGUUGCUUCGUUUGAAUGGGGAAAAGCUAGAGAGGAUGGGAAUCGUCCAGGAGACGCUGAGGCAGGAGGUCCUCCAACAAGUCCUCCAGCUGCAGGUCAGAGAAGAGGUCCGCAAUCUGCAGAUCCUUAGUAGAACCUCCUUUGGAAACUUCUCUUAGCUCAUCCAUUUGGCAGCCCUUUCCUUCAUCCCCUGUCACAAUACAUCUCCAGGAGCCAUGGAAGAGCUGCUGUCUUCAGAUAUGUGAGCGGAGAAUUGCAGAGUGAAAGGGGAAAGGACGAGCCUAUAGACCAGAUGCCAACCAGUCUGGAGGAUUCUCAUUGAAGGCGGCCAAUUUGGUAUACAGACACUGAGACAGAGACAAAGCCCUGCUCAAGGCAGGGGUACCCACUGUAUCAUUGUGAUAAGAUGCAAGAUUCACAACCCUAGUGAUGAUGUAGGCCUGUCACUGGUAUAUGCUUGAUCGCAGCAAAUCUCCUCUUGGUUUCAUGUCACAUUUGGAUCGGACAUUUUUCAGAAGAACACUUGGAUUUAUUUUAUUAUAAGCUGUUACAUGUCAUGUGCACAACCAGGAUUCAUGUUGUUUCCUCUCUCUUGUGGUUAAGGUCAUUACAUGAAUCACUCAUUGGCAUGGAUUUAUAUAACCUUAACCCUCAAGCUAAGUGGUCCUGAAAACAUGAGGAUGAUGACUUAUAUUACACGCAAUGCCAGCAUGUGGCCAUUUGACCUUCAGUUUAAAUCAAACUCCUUUUGAAACUGUAUCACCAAAACCUGUUCACUAAGAAUUACAUCUGAUCUGGACUCAAGCCAAUAUAAUCUAAAUAAACUCUUCAUCCACAGGACACACUCACAUUUCCCUUAGGACUUAACUUUUGGAAAUGUAGGUGUUCAGCAUCAACAAUAACACUUUAAGCUGAAUGUCAUUCCAACAAUCCGUUCUUUUGUAUUGCAACUAAUCUGCAGUAAGAAAUUAGAAACAUAUCUAGAGUAUGUUGUAGAAUAACAUAUUAAUCUACGUACACAGUACCAGUACCUUAGUCUUUAUUAAUGGAAUGGAUCCAGAGGACACAGAAUAUGAUAAUCACCGACUGUCGACGCUUUAUUAAGCAAUAACUUAAAUGAUAAAAGGUGGAGAUGAGCAGCACUGUAUGGGAUAGAAAAAUUAAGAUGCAAGUAUUGGUGUCUGCUGAGAGAAAUAUAAAUUGUAUCUGUUACUGGGCAGCAUUUGCCAGCCUCAUGGCUUCUGCCCUUUGUGUGUGCUACUGUAUACUGUAUGUCAUAUCUCGCACACAAAUACUAAGUAUAAAGGACAAGGCUUUGUUUUGUUCAACCCACUGUCUGUCCCUGGUGUGACACUUUGAUUUCAAAUGCUCAGAAAUUAGAAUACUAUGACAGCUACCCAGAUGUAAGAUUCCCAGAGCAACUCGAGCAAGCACCUUUGAGGUCACAGCAGAAGACAGCUAUGUAGAAUGAAGACGUUUCUGUCUCUUAAAUAAAUAAACUCAAUAGAUAAAAAACCUUUCAACAAACAUAACCUAACCUUCUAACAUACCUUCAUUCGUUCUUUGACAAGGAGUCUUUGAGUAACGUCAGUAUUUGACUGUUAAAGGGAGAAAAACACUGUAUUAUUUUUGGAUAAUGUGAUGUAAUGUAAAUAUGAACAUUUUUGGGUUACUUUGUCAGAUGAUUGAUGAGCUGUUUUAAAUGCAAAAAAGGGAAAAUGAAACAUAUUUAUCUGCUUUACAGAUAUGAAGACAUAUGAUGUGGAAUAUGAUGAAAGCUGUCUUUUUAGAAUAAAUUAAUUGAGAUU